UUGGGAGCGGGCGGGCGCGCUGCUAUUGGUCGCGCGGGGAGAGGGGCGGAGCUUCUCGCUGCCGUUCCGUGUCGGACCGAGACCCCUGCGCGCUUGGCUGCGGGCGGUGGAGGGUCGGCGGGAGCCGCUCCGGAAGGUCUGAAGGCUUCCAAGAAUGCCCCGGUCCUCCUUGAAUCUUCCUGCCUUCUCUUGCUGGCGCCCAUAAAGACUUUUCUCUGGCACUGACUACUUUGGCACUGGCUUCUGAGGACGGACGAUGGCAACCUUUGCCGGCAAGCAGGGCAAGAGGCAGGAGGAGAGCAGCCUGGGCAGCCUGGUGGACCUGGUGCUGGCCAACGCCCGGGUGGUGCUGGGGGUCAGCGGCGCAGCUGUGUUGGCCCUGGCAACGCUUGCGGUCAAGAGGUUCAUUGACCGAGCCACCAGCCCGCCGGGGGACGACGACGACAUGAAAGCCAAGCAGAAAUCCCUGGAGGAGAGCUGGCAGGAGCUCAGCCUGAUCAAGGGGGCGCCGAAAUCCCGGAGGCAGGAUCUGGAGGAGCCCCUGCUGUCCCCCGCCAGAGCUGCACCUGUGCCAGACUCCAAAGACCUCAUCCUGUCCUCGGGAGUCUCCUCGGGGCAGUCCCUGCUCUGCCUCACCCUUCAGGAGAAACUCCUCUCCUUCUACAGGGAUCACGUCUACGUCUCCGAGACGGAGAAGGCUGUGGGGAAGCAGCUGGCAGAAGACAUCCGGGUGGAGCUGCAGUCCUUCUUGAAGAACAAGUCUUUGGACCUGCCCUUUGGGAAUAUUUCCCUGAGCGGCUACCUUUGCGAUGACCUCGUUGGCCAACACCAACUAGAGGUGGUCUUCAACCUUCCCUUGGUCCUAGAAGACCACCUUUGGCACUUGAUCGGUGGGGAAGAGACGCUCCUGGACAACCCGUGGUACGGGAUGAUCAAACGGAGUAGCCUGGAGUACUUCACACGGGGGAGUAGCCCCUGGGACAAGUUCAUUGUAGGUGGGUACCUAUCGUCCAAUUCUAUCAACGAUGCCCUCCUGAAGACUUUGGUGGCCUCGGUCAACUGGCCGGUCAUCGGCAGCCUGCUGGAUUGCAUCGUGCGCCCUUCCAUGGCUCCCAGGGAGCUCAAGCUGGAAGUCAGGCACGAACAGGUCCUCCUGGACAUCACCCUCUGCCCGGUAGUGGAAACGGAAGGCAAGACCUUCCUCGCCACCUUCUCUGGAGAAGCGGUGGAGAACCUCUGGCGGCGGAGUUUUUACGCGGCGGAGGUUUCAGAGCUGAAGGAGCUGGACGCCGCGGACGGAGGCAUCCGGCGGUGCUGCCUCCUCAUCUUGAAGGCCACUUUUGAAAAACACCCGUUCUGGAGCAGAAUCACCGGCAGUGACUUGACUCACGUGAUCCUCCACCUGAGCCGAACGGAGACGGACUGGUCAGAGGCCGUGCUGGCCCUCAGGCUCCAGCAGGUCUUGGAGGAGCUGGUCCAGUACCUGGCCAAAGGUUCCCUCCCUUGCUUUUUCGACGAGAGGGUUGACCUGUUGAGCCAUCUGCUCCCGGAGGAGAUUGACGAGAUCGGCUGCACCUUGUACGAGGCUUUGGCCGCGCCAAGCCUCGCGGAGGGGCUGGGUCUGUAGAGUGGACAGACCUUCCUUUUCGAUGGAGAAGACUUGAAAGGGACAUCCGUGCACACCCCUCCCUCCCUCCCUCCCCCCAUUGCAAUUCUUUUGCACCGAAUGAAAUGAAAGUAUUAGCUGCUGGAAGUAAAACGGCCCUUGAUUGUAAGCCCUUUGUACUCGCUCUCUGACCGGAUUCUUUCCCCCAUUCGGAGCGGAUCUCCUCCGGGGAGCAGCGUGUCCUUUCUCCCUAGGGCAGGAUUGGAGGGCUGAGGUGGCAGAGGGUAGCUGAUCCCCCCCUUCCCUCCUCUCGGCUUUCCCCAUUGCUUGAGUUCUGAAAUCGUGUGGCUGGGCACCUCUGAACGUCGUGCCCUCUCCAGGGCCCCCUGAGCGAUGGGGUCUCUGCUUGGCAGAAGAUUUUUCUGAUUUUUACGAAUCAAUCAAUCAAUAAAGCGAGCGAGCGAACCAGCUCAGGUUGCUUCUGAGCACCCAGGA